AGACAACAACAAAAGUCUUCAUUGGGCGUGGAUAACCAUCAAGUUCUACUCGACCGCCAGUAUCGAUAGGCAUCGGUCGCAUGUACUCGUAGCAUUGACAACUGCUGCUUCUCUCAAGGGUUUGAUGCAGUCAGCUUGAAUCUCCGCACAACCGCAAGCCGGGUACAGUUUUGCUAAAAGGCUUGAUCCCUCAAGCAAAAGAGGUGAGUUGACCAUGUUUGGUAAGGUCAGGUGUAAAUCCAGUGUGACAUAUUGCAAUUUAUUGCAUCCAAGGCGAUGGUCUGGGUUUCAAGGACCUCGCCUUACUAGACUACGACAGGAAGUGAGCGCCGGUAGUGCCACGCGGGGUACCAAGUACACACGCCUCUUAGAUACGUACCUGUUACACAAUGCUUUGCUCACACCUGAGGCGAGAUUCGAGAAAAGACUCCUGGGAAUAACUUGGUGUCUCCUCUCCUCUCUCCUAUCUUACCCUGCGAUGGAGCUUCUCGUGCGGAUGUUAGGCUUCCCGACUUCAAUAGGGACGCGCAAUGGCAAUGUCGGUGGUACCCUAGUGUCGAAACCGCCGAUGAAGGACGAUGGCCGGCUCCGAAUGCUACCUCAUAAAAACCCACUUCUCCAGGAUUGAUGCGAUGGAAUAAUGGUCGGAGGAAAAAGUGAAGACGUAGCAGGCAGUGGAGAUUGUAGUAUCCACAGUAGAUCAUCUAUGUUGGGAAGGGAUGCAUCCAACUCCUGGUAGACUCCACCAAUGGUGCUGUAG